AUGUCUCCAACUGAGGAAUGAGAUUGGGUAUGGAUCUCAACUGGAUUGUUCUUUCCAUGGGAAGGACUCCAGGGUUUGAACAUGAGUACCCAGCCUCACACUCUGACCAAGGCAGAGAUCCCCAGCCAUGUUCUUUAUGCUGUAGGAACGUGUGUGCUCGUUAUUGGCUCCAUUGGCAUCAUAGGAAACCUCCUAGUCCUCUAUGCGUUUUACAGCAACAAGAAGCUGAGGACUCCCCAAAACUACUUUAUAAUGAAUUUAGCUGUGAGUGACUUCCUGAUGUCGGCUUCUCAGGCACCCAUGUGCUUUGUCAACAGCUUGCACAGAGAAUGGAUACUUGGAGACAUAGGCUGUAACUUGUAUGCUUUCUGCGGGGCUCUCUUUGGGAUAACCUCGAUGAUGACCCUGCUGGCCAUCUCUGUUGACCGCUACCUGGUGAUCACAAAGCCCCUGCAGUCCAUCCAGUGGACUUCCAAGAGACGCACCGUGCAGGUCAUCGCCGCGGUGUGGCUCUACUCGCUGGGAUGGAGCGUGGCUCCGCUCCUCGGCUGGAGUUCCUAUGUGCCUGAGGGCUUGAUGAUAUCCUGCACAUGGGACUAUGUAACCUACUCCCCUGCAAACAGAAGCUACACCAUGAUUUUAUGCUGCUGUGUAUUUUUUAUCCCCCUGGUAAUAAUAUUCCACUGCUAUUUAUCGAUGUUCCUGGCCAUAAGGCGUACUGGCAGAGAUGUUCAAAAGCUGGGAUCCUGCAGCCGGAAAUCCUACCUCUCUCAGUCCAUGAAGAAUGAGUGGAAGCUGGCAAAAAUUGCUUUUGUGGUCAUCAUUGUGUUUGUCUUGUCCUGGUCUCCAUAUGCUUGUGUCACCUUGAUUGCCUGGGCAGGUCGAGGCAACAUCCUAACACCAUAUUCCAAAUCUGUGCCAGCAGUUAUUGCCAAAGCUUCUGCAGUCUACAACCCCAUCAUAUAUGCAAUAAUUCACCCAAGAUACAGAAAAACCAUCCACAAAGCUGUUCCCUGCUUGAGGUUCCUGAUACGAAUAUCAAAGAAUGACCUCCUGAGGGGAUCCAUAAAUGAGUCAUCAUUCAGGACUUCUCUCUGCAGCCACCACUCUCUUGCUGGCAGGACCAAGAGCAUUUGUGUUCCCUCAGUUUCUACUGGAGAAGCUACCUGGAGCAAUGUAGAGCUCGACCCUGUAGAGCCAGCUCAAGAGAAACUGAAGCCUCGCCGAAGUCAUUCUUUCUCCACAAGUCCGAGGCAAGAGAAGAGAGACCCGCUCCCAAAGACCUGCAGCUGCGAUGCAGCCACUGCUGAAAAGGUUUCGCUCUCCUCCAGCUGUUUGGAGAAGGUGUUUGGGCAGCCUGUCCUACCCAGUCCCUCUGCAGCACUCAUGACCAGCUCCCAGAGAGCAACCUCUCUGCCUGUCAGAUUGAAUAGCAGCAGUGUCAUCAGAGGAGACUCGAGCACCUCCCAAAUGGCAACUCAAGGAAGUCAAGCAAAUGGAGUUGUGGAUUCUGUCAUCAGCAAUGCAGUCCCUCGCAUCAUCAUCAUUCCUACCUCAGAGACCAAUCUCUUUAGAGAAGAACUGGAAGAGACUGAAUUAUUCCACUUUCAUGACAAAAAGGGCAAUCUGCUGGACUUGGAAGGGCUUAGCUCAUCCAUGGAGUUCCUUGAAGCUGUUGAGAAAUUUCUAUCGUAAGUUUGUCAAAAGAAAACUUUCCGGUAAUUAUUUUCUUGGCAUCUUCUCCACUUAAUUAUACCAAAUAAAUGAAGCCUUGUAGGUUGGAUCAUCAGA